AUGCAAGCUCCAGUCGUUUAUUUAAAUACUUCAACUCAAAGACAAACUGGUAGACAAGCACAAGUUGCCAAUAUAACUGCAGCAAAAGCAGUUGCAGAUAUUAUAAGGACAUGUUUAGGACCAAAAGCAAUGUUAAAGAUGUUAUUAGAUCCAAUGGGAGGGAUUGUAUUAACAAAUGAUGGACAUGCUAUAUUAAGAGAAAUUGAUGUAUCACAUCCAGCUGCAAAAUCAAUGAUUGAAUUAUCAAGAACUCAAGAUGAAGAAGUUGGAGAUGGUACAACAACAGUUAUAAUAUUAGCAGGAGAAAUAUUAGCACAAACUUUCCCAUAUAUUGAAAAAAAUAUACAUCCAGUUAUAAUAAUAAAAGCUUUAAAAGAAGCAUUAAAAGAUGCUUUGGAAGUUAUACAUGAAGUUUCUAAACCAGUUGAUAUAAAUAAUGAUCAAGCAAUGUUGAAAUUAAUUCAAGCUUCCAUAGGUACAAAAUAUAUAAAUAAAUGGUCAACUAAAAUGUGUGAAUUAAGUUUAAAAGCCGUUAGAACAGUUAUGAUUGAAAAGGGAGAUUAUAAAGAAAUUGAUGUCAAGAGAUAUGUUAGAAUUGAAAAAAUUCCAGGUGGAGAAGUUACUGAUUCAGAAGUAUUAGAUGGUAUAUUAUUAAAUAAAGAUGUUGUUCAUCCAAAAAUGAAAAGAAAUAUUGAAAAUCCAAGAAUUAUUUUGUUGGAUUGUCCAUUAGAAUAUAAAAAGGGAGAAUCUCAAACAAAUAUAGAAAUUACAAAAGAAGAAGAUUGGAAUAGAAUUUUACAAAUUGAAGAAGAACAAGUUAAAUUAUUAUGUGACCAACUUUUGGAAUUUAAACCAGAUCUAGUUAUAACGGAAAAGGGAGUAAGUGAUUUAGCUCAACAUUAUCUUUUAAAAGGUGGAGUUUCAGCAUUAAGAAGAGUUAAAAAAUCAGAUAAUAAUAGAAUUGCAAGAGCAACGGGGGCAACAAUUGUAAAUAGAGUUGAAGAUUUAAAAGAAUCAGAUGUUGGUACAAAAUGUGGUGAAUUUAAAGUUGAAUUAAUUGGUGAUGAAUAUUUUGCAUUUUUAACAAAAUGUAAAAAUCCUCAAGCUUGUACAAUAAUUUUAAGAGGUGCAAGUAAAGAUAUAUUGAAUGAAAUUGAAAGAAAUUUACAUGAUGCAAUGGCAGUGACAAGAAAUGUUAUGUUUGAACCAUCAUUAAGUCCUGGUGGUGGAGCUACUGAAAUGGCAUGUAGUGUUAAAUUAUCAGAAAAGGCUAAAACAAUAAAAGGAAUAGAACAAUAUCCAUAUCAAGCAGUUGCUGAUGCUUUUGAAGUUAUUCCAAGAACUCUUAUACAAAAUUGUGGUGGUAAUCCAAUUAAAAUUUUAUCACAAUUAAGAGCAAAACAAGCUUCAGGGCAUUAUACUUAUGGUAUUGAUGGAGAAAAUGGUAAAGUUGUUGAUAUGAAUGAAUAUGGUAUCUGGGAACCAGAAGUUAUUAAACAACAAUCUAUUAAAACUGCUAUUGAAAGUGCUUGUUUAUUACUUAGAGUUGAUGAUAUAGUUAGUGGUGUACGUCAAAAUCAAUAA